AUCCUCCAUGGCCUCCUGGUAAACCCACAGUGAAGGACGUGGCUAAGACUUCCUGUUUCUUGAUGUGGACCAAACCAGAGCACGAUGGUGGAGCGAAGAUCGAUGGCUACGUCAUUGAGAUGCUGAAGAGUGGCACCACGGACUGGAUCCACGUGGCAGAGGACAUCAGUAUCCUGGAGCACUUCCUGAAAGGCCUGAUGGAGAAGCAGGAGUACUCAUUCAGGGUGCGAGCUGUUAAUGUGGCUGGAGAGAGCGAACCCAGCGAGCCCAGCGACCCAGUGCUUUGCAAAGAGAGACUUAAUCCUCCUUCUGCCCCUCGCUGGUUGAACGUUAUCAACAUCAGCAGGAACAGUGCUGAUUUGAAGUGGACGGCACCUGAGCGUGACGGCGGCUCACCCAUCACCAACUAUGUGGUGGAGAAGCGUGACGUCAGACGUAAAGGCUGGCAGGCCGUGGACACCACAGUCAAGGAGUUGAAGUACACCGUGACUCCUCUCAAUGAGGGCUCACUGUACGUGUUCCGCAUCGCUGCCGAGAACACGGUGGGCGUUGGACCGUUCUGUGAGCUGGAGGACUCUGUGCUCGCCAAAGACACUUUCACCACUCCUGGGCCUCCGUACGCCCUCGCUGUCAAUUCUGUGACCAAAAGAUAUGUGGACCUUCAGUGGGAGGAGCCUAAAAAUGAUGGUGGCCGACCCAUCCUCAGGUAUUCAGUUGAGAAGAAGGAGAAGCUUGGCACUCGCUGGGUGAAAUGUGGGAAGACUUCAGGUCCGGACUGUAAGUACAGAGUGACGGACGUCAUCGAGGGAACAGAGGUUCAGUUCCAGGUCUGCGCUGAGAACGAGGCCGGUGUCGGACAUCCAAGUGAACCCACCGAGAUCCUCACAAUAGAAGAUCCCACAGGUGUCCCAUCUCCACCCAUCGAGCUACACAUCACCGGCGCCAGCCGGGACGUCCUGUCCAUCGGCUGGAAGCCUCCGCAGAGGAACGGCGGCUGCCCGAUCACUGGAUAUCACAUUGAGAUGUGCGAGGCUGGAACAGAGAAGUGGAUGAGGGUCAACUCUCGCCCAGUGAAGGAGCUGAAGUACCGUGUCGAAGAGGGUGUGAUCCCUGAGAAGGAGUACAUCCUGAGAGUGAGGGCCAUCAACUCUGUCGGAGUGAGCGAGCCCUCCGACAUCUCAGAGAAUGUCUUCGCCAAAGAAUCUGACUGUAAUCCGACACUCGACUUCCAGACUCUGGACCUGGUUGUCGUGGAAACCGAGAAGAUGCACAUCCCAGUUCCCUUCAGAGCCGUCCCCUCACCCAGAAUCACCUGGCACAAAGACGGGAAGGAGCUGAAGGCCGACGAACGUCUUGGCUUCAGGUCAUUGACGCGUCUUUUAACAGUUUUUACAGUUU